AUGAAUGAAACUAAAAGAGCAGACAAUGUCGAUUCAAAUUCAAUAAAACAUGAACCCAAGGCAAAAAUAGCUCUUCGACCCUAUUUUGCAGAAACAGACAAAAAAUAUGUUCAUUACUUGUUUUAUUCUACUUACUUUAAUCUUGUCCCUAAAGCAGUGCUCAUUCGACUUCGAUCUCCAUAUAUAAUAGCCUCAUGGGUAGCUAUCUAUACCUUAAUUGUUACUUUUGUAUGGAAUUUCUUUGAAAGGUUGGGUUGGGAGAGGAAAGUUCAGAUUGCACUUGUCUUGUUCACUACUGUUAUCGUCAUUGGCUUUGGCUUUAUUUCUCUUUUGUGGUACACAGAUAAAUUUGAUAUCACACCUCGUGUCGUUCAAGGUAUCGAGAAUGAUUUGAAGGAGCCGUGUGUCUAUUAUCGAGGUACUCCUGAAGAGCCUCGUAAAGGUAACUUUUGGGUAUUGACAUUAAAUGAUGAGAUUAUUGGUUGUGUGGGUAUAGAUCAUACACCUGUUUCAGUCGUUGACAAGUCCGCUGAUAAACCUUAUGUUCGUGCCUCUGAACGUCCCCGUGCUGUAGAUUCCCCUGAGAUUCAUCAAGCUGAGUGGAAAAGGACGGCUAUGAUGUUGGCAAGGUUAGACGAUUUAGUUCGACUUACAUUAGUAGGUGCUUUAGAUAAAGUAAGAGACUUUUAUUUCAAGAUAAAAGGAGUUGAGUAUCAACAACAACAAGAGCCUAUUUUAUUCGAGGCUCAUAAAUCAAAUGAAGCAAGUGUACGUCGUUUGGCAAUCAAGUUAGAAUGUCAAAAUCAUGGUUUAUCCACUAUUCUUUUGAAAAGAGUCGCCUUUUGGGCACAUGCACACCAACUUGAAUAUCUUUAUGCGGAAACAGAUGAACUUCAAACAAAAUUAGCAGAGAUUCUUGUCAAGAGACAUGGCUAUACUUUUGUAUCUAAGAAGAAAUUAGGCUAUUUUAAAACAAAAUCUAUUUUCAGAUUAGAUGUAAAACUUUGGAUGAGUAAAGAAUUGGAAAGACGAGCUCAAGAGAAGGCUGAAAAAGAACAAUUAAAAGAAGAAGCUGAACUUAAGGAAUAUGAAUAA